AUGGAGGAUCGAGUAGAGCAAGCGAAGAUCGACGACGUGAAGUUCCUGGCACUCACCGCAAAGCUGACAGCGCGGGAUGAGGAGUGCGAGGAGGCCAAGUUUCAGCUGGAGAAGGCCGAGAAGGUCCGCGUAGAGCUGCUGCGGGUGUUGCAGGAGCGCAAUGCCGAGCUGGAGAAGCUCCGACAGGAGACGAAGGAAUGCCACCACACGUGA